UCUGAAUAUCUGAUAUGGAUGCACAAUUUUGUGACUAGAGCUUUUUAUUCGUCAACCCUAAUCGAACAAAUCUGAAAAUUCUUGCAAUUCGAUCAUUUGUCGUAUAUCUUAGCUUUCUUUCCUUGAUUGAAGGUUUCUUUAAUAUCUGCUUGUUUUUCCUUUUGCCCCCGGAACAAGAUGUUCAAGAACACUUUCCAGUCCGGUUUCCUGUCAAUCUUAUACAGCCUUGGGAGCAAGCCCUUGCAGAUAUGGGACAAAGAAGUUUCAAAUGGCUAUGUUAAACGCCUGCAAGAUGAUGAUAUACAAUCCAAUGUUAUUGAAAUUGCUGGAUCCAAUGUGCAGUCUACCUUUAUAACAUGCCCCGCAGACCCAAAUGCAACCCUUGGGAUAAAGCUGCCAUUCUUAGUUCUGAUUGCCAAAAACAUGAGCAAGUACUUCAGCUUUGAGAUUCAUGUGCUGGAUGAUAAAAAUGUCAGGAGAAGGUUUCGAGCUUCUAAUUUUCAAGCUGUGACAAGAGUGAAGCCAUAUAUAUGCACAAUGCCGUUGAGGUUGGAUGACGGGUGGAACCAAAUCCAACUAAACCUGGCAGAUUUGACACGCCGAGCAUAUGGGACCAACUAUGCAGAAACUCUGAGAGUUCUGGUGCAUGCAAAUUGCCGCCUCAGGAGAAUCUAUUUUUCUGACCGCCUCUAUUCUGAAGAGGAGCUCCCCCCUGAAUUCAAACUUUACCUCCCAACCAUUCAGCAGAGGACCUGAGUGGAUCUCUUUCAAAGCAAGUAUGAGUCCUCAUGAGCUUUGUUGUCUGGCAAUGAACAUGUUUUUAGUUUAGUUUGUGGUAGUGAAACGGCUCGAAGUUUUAACUUUUAUACAUACCAUAUUUGCACCAAGAUUUAUUAGUAUAUGUAUAAUGUUGAUUUUGUUGUUUGAUGUGACUUUUCUCGCUCUAAAAAACAUGUCGGAGUAUAGAGUA